AUGCCAAGUACGUGGAGUAAGUUGGUGCCACAGCUCGGGCGCUUUGAUUGCCGACUCCGGCGCACCUUUGCAGGCAACGCACUGUUGCUGCAAAGUAGUCAUCUUCAGCGGCCGUUAUCGGGCGAAGUCAGCUUCCAGGAUCCGAUCAGCAGAAAAUCGUCCUCCUCAUUCCAACAGUGGUUUUGUCGUUUCAGCACGUAUGCGGAUUGGACGCAGCACUUGGUGGAGGAUAACGCGCGGGAGCCGAGCUUCACGCCAGCUGUACAGUCAUCACUUGGAGAAUUUGUCUGGGCACCGGUGAGGAAGAGCUCUUGUCGGCUACCUUCACCCAUCCUCCUGUUCCUCAGGAGUCGCAGCACGGCCUCGCUCACCCAGCAUAUCGUCGCUGCUUCAUCAGCACACAACCCACACCGCAGGGCCACUGUCAAACCCGCUGGACCCGGCAGCCCAACCCCCAAGCAAGAGCGGCGGCAUGCUCGGAAAUAUGUUCAAGUCCGGAUUCUUUUGCCCGACCCGUUGUCCGUACAGAAGAAGAAAACUAUCGCUACA